CGCCGGUUCGGGAUGUGGUGAUUGAGUCAAUCAAUCAUAGUGUAGUAAUUUAAUUUUAUUUUACUCGUAAGGUGAAAUUUUACUGCAUUUCAAAGGUAGAUAUCGAAUUCUAAUGAAAAAUCGAUUUGUCGUCGGGCAAUAAAAUUUGUAGGUUUCUAUAGAUAAAUUUAAAAUACUUAAGAAGUAUUGCUUCGGUUUACUGAAUUUCACCGUAAGAUCAUCAUGUCGGUCGCUUUCGUCCAAAGAGGGAGGCAGCCUCUUACCACGGUACAGAUUCAAAAGAUGUUGGAUGAAAACAGCCAACUCAUCCAAACGAUACAAGAAUAUCAAAGCAAAGGAAAAGUACAGGAAUGCAUGCAGUAUCAGCAAGUUUUACAUAGGAAUUUGGUGUACUUAGCUUCCAUCGCAGAUGCCAACCAGAACAUUCAGGCUUUGCUUCCACCGCCCCAGAGUAUGCCUGCAUCGCAUCCCCAGCACAGCAUGAUGGGCCCAGGGCCAGCUGGGACCCCUAGUACAGAUGGGGCCCCCACUCAGCCACCAGGGCCCAAUAGCUUCCCUCAACAACCCAACUACAGGGGCCAGGGUAUGCCUCCACAGAGGCCAACAAACGCAGCAGGGCCGCAGCCUUAUCGCUAUCCACCGCAGCAGAAUCCACAACAAGGAUACCCGAACUCACAGUAUUCUCAGGGUAACCAGCCUCCAAUACCUAAUCAGGGCUAUCCCAACUCUGGUCAGCCCUCUAGCUAUGGUGGACCCCCUCCUCAGUCCCAGGGGCCACCGCCUCAAGGAUAUGGACCCGGGGGAGCUAACCCCCCUGCUAACUACCAACAACCCUCCCAGGGGUACAACAACCCCCCGUCGGGGUACCCUCCCACCAACACACAAGGCAGCUAUGGCCCCGGCUACCAAGGAUAUCCAAGUGGUCAGCCACCGCAGUCAGCACCGUCAAACUACCCUGGGAACUACCCUCCUGCGGGACAGCAGGGUGCUGCUCCUCCCCCACAGGGAGGUUUUCCGGCACAGAGCAACUACGGACCUUCCACUGUUGCUUCACCUAAUCCACAAACCUCUUACCCUCCCCAGUCCACUAUAGCUCCAUCGGCCGCCACUCAGACGUAUCCUCCCACAAGUUACCCUCCGUCUACAACCUCCACUACCCCUUCCCAACCCUCUCAGUAUCCUAGUUCCCAGUCGUAUCCGGCCACUCAACAGACAUAUCCACAGGGCUACCAGCAAGGUUAUCCAGGACAGUAUCCUGCCGCAGGUGCUCCGGGCUAUCCCUCUCAAUAUCCGAGACCCCAGGGACCCCCCACUCCUGGGGCACCCCCUACACAACAAGGCCAAUACCCUGGAUACAAUUAUCAACCGAACCCUCAGUAAACUUGGUGUAUACAUUUACUUAGGUACUUUUAUUUAAAUGUAUGUUUAACGUAGCUUUUAUUUGUCCUAUCUAUUUUAGUGCAUGUGUUUGUGUUUUUUAAACUGAUGUUUUAGUUUAAAUAAAUUAUUGACAUGUCA